ACUGGACCAAGAUUGAGUGUUAUUGGAGCUCCUCUGAGCGGGGUUUCAGAGCGCUUCUCUGCCGGCUCCCGAGUUUGCCAUUACGGACACAAUGGGCUGCUGCAGCGGGCGGUGCACGCUUAUUUUUAUUUGCACCUUACAGCUGGUGUUGGCUCUAGAACGACAGGUUUUUGACUUUCUGGGCUACCAGUGGGCCCCUAUCCUCUCCAACUUCUUUCACAUCAUCAUUGUCAUUCUGGGGCUUUUCGGCACUAUUCAGUACAGACCGCGCUACAUUGUGGUGUACACAGUUUGGACGGCUCUGUGGGUGGCCUGGAAUGUCUUCAUCAUCUGCUUUUACCUGGACGUAGGCGGUCUGUCCAAGGACAGUGACCUGCUGACAUUCAACAUCUCAGCCCAUCACUCAUGGUGGAGCGAACAUGGGCCCGGCUGUGUGAGGAGAGAGCUGCCACAUACUGAAGGGGUCCACACCACUGAGAGCCAUUCCUACAUCACCGUCAUGGGCUGCUUCAUAGACUACCAGUAUAUUGAGGUCAUUCAUAGCGGAAUGCAGAUCCUGAUCGCGCUCUUAGGCUUUGUGUACGCCUGCUAUGUGAUCAGCGCCAUCACUGAGGAGGAGGACAGCUUUGAUUUUAUUGGUGGAUUUGACCCAUUGCCACUCUACCAUGUCAAUGAGAAACCAUCCCAUCACCUGCUAAAGCCAAUGUCUCUGUCUACGUAAAUAGGAGAACAUCCAGGAGGGAAGUGACACACGCUGACGGAUCUCAUGGAGGAAAAAAUGGCUGUUUUAACCAACUGUUAGUUCCAUGGCACUGGGACAUGCCAGACAUUCUUCCCUCUCCCACUUUAUACUCUUUUCAGUACUUCAAACAUGCCACUCACUGGGGGGCUGCAUGGAAAAUACACCUCAGCUUAAUUGUCUUCCUCUUCAUCAUCCUCAUGUAUGUUUUCAAGCAUUUUUUUAAAUUUAUAUUUGUUGCCUUUCCUACCAGCACAACUAUAUAGAGCAGUUUAUAAAUACCUUUUCGUUUUUAAUUGCCAGCAACUCAACAUUCUAAGUCUGUGUCUUAGCGCCGUCGUCAUUCUGCAUGUCAUCGCUGGUUUGGCUCAGAUUUUGGCCUCGGGGCUGAGGCUGAGUUACAAUGAAGCUUGUGGAAUGAACCAACCAUUGUGCGCACUGCCUGUUUACUUUAGGCAGGGGUCUUUGUGCGUACAUGCACGCAGGCAGGGGCAGGAAAAAGGAACCCAAUCUACAAGGACACCCAUCAGAAAGAGACAAUGUAAAUAACGCAAUGAGGGCAUGGAGGAAAAAAGUUAUGGCAUGCAAGUUUUUAAAGUUUUGUUUUUUUCUGGAGUCUUGCGUCUGUGAUGAUUUUUCACAAACAGCCAAGUCGUCAUCACUGAAAUGUCAGGUGUUUGUGUUGGAAGCGGUGCGUGAGAUUGUCAUGCAUCCUUGGCAUAUUCUUAACAGUCAAGAAACAAGAAAUGUUGCAUAACAUGAUGUAAGAUUAGCCAUCCCCAAGUGCUGUCUACUGCCGCCUUUUUAUUGUCAAUGGCAAUAGUAGCUGGUGUUUGAAGCAUGUACAUAUCGUACUUCAUUGGAUGUGUAGAACCUAUCAGACUACAACACUCGUCCAUAAGAUGGAUUUGUAGCCUGGGGUGUAAUAAGAGGGAGAAAAGUGCUUUUGAUUCUUUGGGCCCAUGACUGACACGGGCCCUAAAAAGUAGUCAAUUAUUAGUCCAUUAGGCACACUUACUUGUCAGUGUAAUAUUUCAACUGAGCAGUCAAAUGUCAUAUUUAUGUCUCUGGCUUCAAGCAUGGACACUCAAUAGUUGUCAUGCCUCCCUGAUAAAAUGCACUUUUUGUUGGUCAUGUGGGAAAAAGUCAUUUUUAGGGGGUGAGAAAUCCACUGUUGCCUUACCGCCCUCUAGUGUUUACUGAGUGCAAGUGCAAGAGCAGAAGAAGUCAAGUAUUAUCUUUUUGUCUCGACUCAAAAUCCGAUGCAAUAAGAGAAGAGGUGUCUUUUUAUUUAGCACUUUGCCUUUUUUUAUGUUACAUUUAUAUUUCAUCUUUUUUUUUUUUUUUUUUUUUUUUUUUACUGAAUCUAAAGUGCUUAAUUUGGGAUAAGGAUCAAACAUGGUGUUAUUUUGCAGUGGUCUAUUAAGUAUAUGGCUGGUUAUCAGAUUCCAGUAACAAUGUUACUGGCAGGUGUUCUGAAAAAUGCCAUUUCACAUUGGAUCUUUUCAAAUACAGUUGUCCCUCGUUUAUCGCGGUUUAUUGAUCGCGGACCUUACAAACAAAUAAGCAUCAUUUAUUAUAAAUUGAAUAUUUGCAUAGCAAGAGCAUUAAAAAACUUGGAUAUGACCGUCUAAAUAUGUUUUUCAACAUUUUGAGAGGUUUCUUGACAUGAAAAAACACUUUAAUCACCUUUACACUUAUCAUCAAACAUACUGUAGUUAUGCCAAACCAAUCAGUGGCCACGAUACUAAACAGUGUACUGUUUCGGAUUGGUUAACCUCUACUGCAGGGGUCCCCAACCACCGGUCCGGGGACCGGUAUCGGUCCGUGACACAUUUGCUACCGGGCCGCAGAGAAACAUUGAAUAAUUUAUAAACGACUGCAUUUUCUCCAACGUAACUUUGACCUGUCCCACUAGACCAGGGGUCGGCAACCUUUACCAGUCAAAGAGCCAUUUUGACCAGUUUCACAAAUUAAAGAAAACAAUGGGAGCCACAACAUCUUUAGAAAUUUAAAAACGAAAUUACACUGCAUACAAGGUUUUUUUUUUGCUUUGUGCUAUGUGUAAACCAAGGGUCUCAGACACGCGGUCCACACCUUAUUCUCUCGAACGUGCCGUGAUGGUACAGUAUUUAGCGCACACUUCAACUAGUGUGCCGGCCCAGUCACAUGUUGUAUAGGGCUUCUGCUUGCUCACGUAAGUGACAGCAAGACAUACUUAGUCAACAACCACACAGGUUACACUGACG